AGUGAUGGUAUGAAUCAGCUGUUCCAUUUCCGAUUCGUGCUAGCUAAAAAAAAUUUUGAACGCAUUUUCUUUAAUUAUUGGGCACUUACGAGCACAAUGCCGUGCUUUCUGUGCACUCAUCAUGUGGAUGACGCCACUAGCAAUAUCAAAUUUGAUUCCGUCGAAGCUGACUCGCUCGGCUUAAAGCAAAUAAUUGAAAAACACUUUUGGUUGCGGUUUAAUGAUUUUGUCGGUGGCUACGUGUGCGGAUCAUGCUGGGAACAACUGUUGCUGUUUCACAACUUCUAUUUAACAGUGGAGAAUGCCCACAAAACCCUGGCCGAACUGGCAACAAAGCAGGCCGAGGAGACAGAGGAGAAUAACACUCCAACCGCAGUUGUGGCGGCCGUUUAUGGCGGUACUGUAAAGGAUGAGAACGUGGAAAGCGUGGCAGCUGCCGUGAAGCGCAGGCGUGGGCGUCCCCGCAAAAUCCGGGCAGCUUCAAAUGACGAAGAAUUCCAGAACGUGCUGGAACAGAUCAACUUAAAUGAGAUCAAAAUUGAAUACCCCGAGGCAGAUCUAACCAUUGCUGAUGUGCUGGAGGAUCAGGAGGAGCAAGACUUUGAGUCACACAGUGGCUGUGCCACGGAGGACGAUGAAAUUGAGGAGCCUAAACCGAAAAUCACUCGAAAGGCUCGAGGACGGGGGCGCGGACGUGGACGUGUCCGGUUAGCGGAGAAGCCAAAAAAAGCCCUCGUAUAUAAUCUUCAAAAGUCGAGCGAGUUCAAUGACUACAUCAGGCAGCACUACAAGAUGCAGUGCCAUGUGUGCAGUGCCCCCAUGGAGGGUUUCUCGGAGAUGCUGGUGCACGUGCGACAGGAGCACAAUCAGCGUGGAUAUGCCGUCUGCUGCAACCGAAAGUUCAGAAAGCGCGGCGUGCUGGUCGAUCAUCUGCGUCGCCAUGAGGAUCCCGACCUUUUCAAGUGCAAAAUCUGCGAUCGCGUAAUGGGCCAGCGGCGAAGCCUUGAACUCCAUAUGCGAAUGCACGACGUUAAGUCACAAGGCCGUCUCCACCAGUGCGAUCAUUGUUCCAAGAGCUUCUACAGCUCCGUCGUCUGCGAACGCCACAAACUAACGCACAUUCCCAAGGAGCAGUGCCAGGUGAAAUGCACCAACUGCGAGAAGACCUUCCCCACCAAAUACACCAUGCAGCAGCAUUUCAAGCUCGUGCACUUGAAUUUGUAUGCAAAGAUUUGCGACGUUUGCGGCAAGUCCAUACGUGGACGGGAGGCCCUCGCCCGCCACAUGGAGGAGCACACGGGCGCUCCGCAGGCCACCAUCGAGUGCCAUCUGUGCGACUCAAAACUUACCACCAAAUACGGCCUGGCGCGUCACAUCAAAAUGAUGCACACUGCCGAGAACCUACAGCCGAUGCAGUGCGAGCUGUGCCUCAAGAUUUCACCCAGCCUCCAGGCCCAUCAGCACCACCUCAAGUACACCCACAACACGGCCCGCAAUCAUCAGUGUCCGAUGUGUGAGAAGGCCUUCAAGCGACCAAACGAAUUGCGGGAGCACUUGACAACGCAUACCGGCGAAGUACUGUACACCUGUCCCCACUGUACGCAGACCUUCAACUCGAACGCCAAUAUGCAUGCCCAUCGCAAGAAGGUGCAUCGGAAGGAGUGGGAGGAGCACCGCCUCCAGCGCUUGGUGCGAGGUCGGAAAAAGGAUUCGAUCAUUGCAGCCAGCGUGCGCAAGACCACCGAAGCCAGGGAAGACGGCAGCCCAGAUCAGUCCACUGCUGUCGAGGCCCUAGCCUCCAACAGUACUGCAACGGAGGAGUGCUAACAAAGGGACAACCCCGUGGCAUAAUAAAUACAAAAGUACAUUCAGUUCAAAGAGCUGCGAGAAUCGA